AUGGAGGUUUCAGGGCUAUGUGGUAUUGUUGUUGCUGCGUUGGCAUCAUUUUUCAUGUUAUUGGUCUUGAUAGUAACAUAUGCAUGGUGGAUUUCCCCAAUCCAAACACAUAAUAAGCUUAAGAGAUGUGGCUUUGGAGGCCCAACCCCAUGCUUCCCACUUGGAAACAUCCAACACAUGAAAAAUAUUAUUAACAAUAAUAAUGAUCUCAUCACUCUCACCCAUGAUAUACACUCUCACGUUUUCCCCUACUUUUCCUCUUGGCAGAAAUCUUUUGGGAAAGUGUUCGUGUAUUGGCUGGGCACAGAGCCAUUCUUGUACAUUGCGGACGCAGAAUUCUUGAAGAAGAUGUCGAAGGAGGUAGAAGCUAAGAGAUGGGGAAAGCCAAGUGUGUUUAGAGAUGACAGAGAGGCCAUGUUUGGGAGUGGGUUGGUCAUGGUUGAAGGCAAUGAUUGGGUUCGCCAUCGCCACAUUGUUGCACCCGCAUUCAAUCCCAUUCAUCUCAAGGCCAUGCUCACCAUCAUGCUUGCAUCAACAAACAAAAUGGUACAAGCAUGGCUCUCUCAACUAAACUCCGCUUCCGCCACAAUCGUCGUUGAGAGGGACAUUGUAGCCACCGCCGGAGACAUCAUAGCAAGAACCAUUCUCGGCUUGGAUGAUGAUGACCACAACGCCACACAGGUCUUCCGAAAGUUGCGAACUCUUCAAAUGACUCUCUUCAACACCAACCGCUAUGUUGGGGUUCCAUUCGGCAAGUACUUCAACGUUAAGAAAACCCUAGAGGCCUACAAGUUAGGCAAAGAAAUUGAUGAGCUCUUGUUGUCUAUCAUUCAAGCUCGCAUGAGUCGUCACAGAUCAUCCAAAUCUAAGAGCGACUUGUUGGGUUUGCUGCUUCAAGAAAACGGUGAUUCGCUAACAAUGAGGGAGCUUGUUGACGAAUGCAAGACAUUCUUCUUUGGCGGACAUGAAACCACGGCGCUUUCUAUCACCUGGACAUUGCUGCUUCUGGCUAUGCAUCAGGAUUGGCAGAACCAACUGAGAGAUGAGAUUCAACACCUUCUUGCUCGCCACAACCACGUUAUUGAUCUCGCCAUGCUUUCUGGUUUAACCAAGAUGAAGUGGGUGAUGAAUGAAGCUCUAAGGCUGUACCCUCCAUCACCAAAUGUGCAAAGGCAAGCAAGAGACGACAUUCAAAUGGAUGGUUUAACAGUGCCUAAAGGAACCAACAUGUGGAUCGAUGUGGUGGCCAUGCACCAUGACCCGGAGCUAUGGGGACACGAUGCUAAUGAGUUCAAGCCAGAGAGGUUCAUGGAGGAUGUGAAUGGUGGGUGCAAACACAAGAUGGGUUACUUGCCAUUUGGAUUUGGAGGGAGAAUGUGUGUUGGUAGGAACUUGACAUUCAUGGAGUACAAGAUUGUGUUAACCCUACUUCUCUCUAACUUCUCUUUCAACAUUUCUCCAACUUACCAUCACUCACCAUCUAUCAUGCUCUCUCUAAGGCCCACCCAUGGACUCCCACUCAUAGUUCAAUCCCUUUAG